UGUUUCCGCUUUCCCAUGCCAACGGGCGAGCUUCCGUCAGUACUUGUCCUCUUUCCUGCUUCUGGGAGCCCCGGGAGCAGGGAGGGAAGGCUUGUCUGCAGGGAUUGGGGCAAAUACCCGGAGGGGGAAGGCGUGACUUCUGCGUCCUGCCGGAAGUGACGCGACAGUCGCGGCCGCCGACAGGUGGAACGGCAGGUGGGUUCAGGUGCCAGCCUGGCCGGCACCCGACUGUGGGACCGACGCUUCCGUUCUCUGCUCCCCCGCCGAGCUGAGCAGUUAGCCAGCCCACCUCAGCUCCCGGAACCAUGUUUGCAGACUUGGACUAUGACAUCGAAGAGGAUAAACUCGGAAUCCCGACCGUGCCGGGCAAGGUGACCCUGCAGAAGGACGCUCAGAACCUGAUCGGGAUCAGCAUCGGAGGGGGCGCCCAGUACUGCCCCUGCCUCUACAUCGUCCAGGUAUUUGACAACACCCCGGCGGCCCUGGACGGCACCGUGGCCGCUGGCGAUGAGAUCACCGGCGUCAACGGCAAGUCGAUCAAAGGGAAAACCAAGGUGGAGGUGGCCAAGAUGAUUCAGGAAGUGAAGGGGGAGGUGACCAUCCACUACAACAAGCUGCAGGCGGACCCCAAGCAGGGCAUGUCCCUGGACAUCGUGUUGAAGAAGGUGAAGCAUCGGCUGGUGGAGAACAUGAGUUCGGGGACCGCAGACGCCCUGGGCCUCAGCCGGGCCAUCCUGUGCAAUGACGGGCUUGUCAAGAGACUGGAGGAGCUGGAGCGCACCGCGGAGCUCUACAAAGGGAUGACGGAGCACACCAAGAGCCUCCUGCGGGCCUUUUACGAGCUGUCGCAGACACAUCGGGCCUUUGGGGAUGUGUUCUCCGUGAUCGGGGUGCGGGAGCCACAGCCGGCCGCGAGCGAGGCUUUUGUGAAGUUCGCCGACGCCCACCGCAGCAUCGAGAAGUUUGGCAUCCGGCUGCUGAAGACCAUCAAGCCGAUGCUGACGGACCUGAACACGUACCUCCACAAAGCCAUCCCCGACACGCGCCUCACCAUCAAGAAGUACCUGGACGUGAAGUUCGAGUACCUGUCUUACUGCCUGAAGGUGAAGGAGAUGGAUGACGAGGAGUACAGUUGUAUCGCCCUCGGGGAGCCCCUGUACCGCGUGAGCACCGGCAACUACGAGUACCGCCUGAUCCUGCGCUGCCGCCAGGAGGCGCGCGCGCGCUUCUCGCAGAUGCGCAAGGACGUGCUGGAGAAGAUGGAGCUGCUGGAUCAGAAGCACGUCCAGGACAUCGUGUUCCAGCUGCAGCGCUUCGUGUCCACCAUGUCCAAGUACUACAACGACUGCUACGCCGUGCUGCGCGACGCCGACGUCUUCCCCAUCGAGGUGGACCUGGCCCACACCACGCUGGCCUACGGCCUCAGCCAGGACGAGUUCACCGACGGGGAGGAGGAGGAGGAAGACGAGGAGGAAACGGCAGCCAAGGAGCCGGCCAGGGAUGCGCGGGGGGCUGCCGGGCCCCUGGACAAGGCUGGAAGCUGGUGUGCCUCCUGAGUGCGCCCGUGCAGUGCGGAUCUGGGGGGUAGGGAGAGCGGGAGGGCGACGGCCUGGAGCGGCGGCUGGGCCACCGCGCGGCAGGGCGGCGCAUGAAGGGCUGAUGGCUUGGGCCGCCCGCCCGCCCGCUCCCCUGUCCCAGCACCGCAGCCGGGCUCCUGCCCAGGGAAGGCGCCAGGACUGUGGCCUCGGACUUGGGCGCGGGCCCCUCCAUCUUCCUCCCCGCCUCCCCAGACAACGAGAGUUUGGUCUCCGGACCUGCCCUAGGAAAAGAAGGGCAGAAAGGAGGGGGGGCUGGCGCUGGCAGGAAGUCCGGGACCCUUCCUCGUGGGCGCCUCCGCCGGCCCCACCUGCAGUCCGCGGGCGUGGGGGCCGAGGCUCCAGUGCACCCUGGCCCCGCCCCAGGCUGGCCCGGCCCCAGCCCACACUCACACCUCGGUGGCCUUUAUUUAUUUUACUCCCCUGGUUCAGCCACUUCCCUGGGGAAGGGCUGGGCGCUGGGCCUGCGUGGAAUAAACACAAACCCAGACGGC